ACAAAAUCCCCCCCUCCGUUUUCCUCCGAUUCAGACAGAAUAGAACACCAGUUGACUCCACAAUCGAACUGAUCCGAUCAUGUCUUCCUUUCAACAAUCCCAAACCCGGAAAUCUCUUUACCCAGAAGUCAUUCUCUCAAACCCAGAAGCUGCUUCCGUCGCCACUUCCGGCUCUUCUUCCUCUUCUCUGUACCCAUCAAUUGACUUGACAGAUCUGGCGGAGAAUCUCUUCCCAGAGGAUGAUGCCGCUCAGGUGCCCCCACCCCAGGAACAACUCCUCCUCAAGAUCCCUGGCGCAAUUGUUAAUCUCAUCGAAAGGGAAAACAGUGUCGAGCUUGCUUGCGGGGAGUUCUCCAUCGUUAUUCUUCUCCAGGGUGAUAACCUCGUUGCAGUUUUUGCUCGUGUUGGGGAUGAAAUUCAGUGGCCUUUGGCUAAAGACGAGCCUGUUGUUAAGCUUGAUACCUCUCACUAUUUUUUCACUCUUCGUGUGCCCACGUCCCCUGAGGAAGGUAAAGAAACAGAGGAGUUCUUGAACUAUGGGUUGACCAUAGCGGCCAAAGGGCAGGAGAAGGUGUUGAAGGAGUUAGAUAAGGUUCUGGAGAUGUACAGUUGUUUCUCGGUGCAAAAAGUUAAGGAGAUGGAGAAUUGGGAGGUUCUUGAUGCAACAAAGGUGUCGCCUGAGGAGAUGGAGAGGAAGGAGAAGAGGGAGGAAAUGGUGGAGAGUUCUACCGCAUAUUGGACGACACUGGCGCCUAAUGUUGAGGACUACAGCGGAUGUGUGGCCAGGGCGAUUGCUGCCGGAUCAGGGCAGCUUGUAAGAGGGAUAUUAUGGUGUGGUGAUGUGACUGUGGAUAGGUUGAAGUGGGGAAACGAGUUUUUGAAGAAGACGAUGAAGCCAGGUUCGAGUGCAGAAAUUAGUCCGGAAGCCAUGAAAAGAAUGAAAAGGGUUAAGAAAUUGACAAAGAUGUCAGAGAAAGUGGCCAUCGGAAUCCUGUCCGGGGUUGUUAAAUUCUCCGGAUUCUUCACCAGUGCAGUUGUGAACUCCAAAGCCGGAAAGAAAUUUUUCAGCCUCCUUCCUGGAGAAAUUAUUCUCGCAUCCCUGGAUGGCUUCAACAAGGUUUGUGACGCGGUCGAAGUUGCUGGAAAGAAUGUCAUGUCAACUACAUCAGUUGUUACCACUGGUCUUGUUUCACAGAGGUAUGGAGAAGAGGCAGGGAAAGUGACAAAUGAAGGCCUUAGUGCUGCGGGGCACGCCGUGGGAACUGCCUGGGCUGUGUUCAAGAUUAGAAAGGCUCUCAACCCCAAGAGUGUUAUGAGCCCCACAACUCUAGCUAAAGCUGCUACACAAGCAAAAGCCUCUGAAUUGAAGGCCAAGAAGAAUUAAUCGUACUCGUUAUAUGAGCUCUAAAAUUAGGGAUUGUAUCAUUUGUUUGUUCAUUCAAUCUUGUGUUUAUUCUCGUUAAAAAUUUCAAAAAAUGGGUUGUUCUAAGAACACUUUUGGUCGGUUUGAGAACAUGAUUUUGAGAGAGUAUAUAGUUUUUACAUAAAUAAAGUGUAAUUGAUUUU